AUGGAUAUUGUUACAAAUCGUACGGUACCUAUGCGAUUGUUUGCAAACUGGGAAACGGAUCGAACAGUUACUUGUGCCGUACAACGGAUGUUUUCAAUGGCUUUAACUCGCUUAGUAUUUAAUGCAUUUCUUGGGAAUCAAUCUACUUUAGUUAUUACUGUUAAAUUACACGGUUCGAAACGAUCUCUUCGUAGUAAUGAUUUUUUAAUUCAAUCCAGGAACGGCAGAGUUGAUAUAGAUUUAAAUAUAUCAUUCACAAUACAGUACCCACAUUUCUUGAAAAGAAAAGGAAAUAUCUUACAUAUAUUGCUUCAAAGGCGCAAACGAUAUAAAAACCGACCAAUUUUGGGUUAUAAAACGCUUGCUGUUGGUACGAUUAACUUAUCGGAAAUGCUCCAAAAUUGUUCUAUUCGUGAGAUUGCUCUUUUUGAUCCAGAUGCAGAGAAGGAUGAAGUGCAAAAUAUCAAUCCAGUUGGACGACUUGUAGUUGGGUCUUGUCAAAGUCAAGCAUUCGAAGCUCAAAAUGAAGUGAGUGUACGAAGGAUCAAAGAGAAGGGAUUGGAAAGUGAGGAUGACGACGACAGUUCAUCAGAUGGACAAGAAACAAAUGACGAACAAGAAAUGCAGGAUUCAAGUCGUUCAGAAUCAAAGCAGAGGUAUAAGAAAACACAAGAAAGAAAAAUAGCGCGGAAGAAUUUGAAGCAGAAAUUUUCAUCUUUGUUAAAACGAUUCAAAAUCCCUGAAGAAGGAAUUGCAGAUUCUACAUCACGAACUGGUAGUGUAGCACCGACAGCACAAGAGCUUGAGGAGCUGUUCGAAGAACUGGAUAAUUUAUCGGAUUCAGGACCAGAAAUGGUCAUGGAUAAUUUGAGUAUAGUGAGCAAUCCACGACCAAGUUUGCGGCCAUACUUUGCAUCACGGGAAAUGUUACCAUCAGUCAGCAAUGAUAAAGAUAAUACUGAAGAAACGGAUAGCGAUGAAGAAGUUAGCACUGAUGUUGAUAAUCUGAUGGCUAUGUCAUCUAACAUAUGUGCUUCAGUUGACAAGAGUCAUCAAAAGUUAUUAGCAACAUUAGAAACAAUUCCAAGUACUACCACAAUGAGUAGUAUUCCUGGUCAUCAUUUUACCGCUUCAAAUGUACCAGCAUCAGCUUCUGCUGUUUCAUUUCCUCUUUGUUUGCCAAAUUCUGAUUCAGCAGGAAAUGUUGGGAAAUCUCAUUGGCAUCCCAUGCGUACAACAUCUGUCACCGAUUGGUUAUCCGCUGUUAUAAACGAUGAAGAGUUAUGGAAUGUUAGUGAACGUUUAUGGUUAUGUGAUAGUUGUGAUAUCCAGAUUCCAUCAUUUUUUGGUUCCGGUUUUCGGGUACUGGAUUGCUCAUCAUUCAAUGAUUGCCGCUUAUUGAUCUCAUCAGUUGUUGCGAAAAUACAAAAAUUUUGUAACAGCUCAUCAAUAUCUCCACCGUGUACAGUUCUUGGUGUAAUUGGUUCAGAAAAAUUAAUUAGUUUUAUUCUUCGUGCGUAUGUUGAAUCGUUGCAAGAUAAAUCAGCUGAAUGGAUCAAUUUUCUAAGAUUUUGCGUAAUUACACAACCGUCUAGUCCACUUGGUAAAGUUCUUCAAGCUGGAACCGGUGGUACAUGUGGAUUGGGUGAAUUUUUUGUGAAAAAUCCUGAUGAAUUUCUAAUGUCUGAGCUAAAAACAUUUUCGGAAAAAUUGCGAAAUAUACAGGAGGGAACAUUUCGAAAACUACCAAUUGGUGAAGCAAUGUUACAGUUGCACAGUAAAGCUUUAAUCGAUGAAAAGGAAAGUUCACAGUUUGUUCCAUUUCUUUCCGAAAUUCGAGUUGGUCAGUUUGAAGAGGACAUAGAAGCUUGCACAAUGUCUGCACGACUUAAUGAGGAAACUCAGGGUAUUUUUGGUGUGCAACAAUUAUCUCCUCCAUUAACUCCACAUAAUAUCAAAAUAUCUGAUUCACAGGACCUUCUAAUCGAAUAUUGGAUACCAAGUAAUCAAAAUAAUGAAAGCGGUGCAAAUAGUGGUAUCGGCAGCGGUGGCAGUGGAGUAAUCAAACGUGAACCUCAAUUUUUGAAGUAUUCAAUUCGAUCAGCAUUUCGUUCAUUUGCAGUAUUUCGAAAGCCAUUUAGUGCCCUUCUUUCUUUUCAAUUUGUUAAAGAGCGAAGGCGCGACAAAAUGUUGCAUAAAUUUGGAAUGAAAAAAGUGCAACGAAAUGAGUCAGAGGGUCAAAGUUCAGUUCAGUGCAUUAACAAUGUGGCACGUCUUAUUUGUAGUGGAAAACAUCCUCUUACAAUUUCGAUUGAUGGUUGUAUUUGGUCAGAGAUACGAUUUUUCCAAAUCUCUGCUCAGUGGCAAACACACGUGAAGUAUUUUCCAAUAUGUUUAUUAUCGCGAGAUUUAUGA